AGCUAUAAACCAGAGAUGUAUCCGCGGGUCUCCGCUCUCUGGGUUAUCCGGGUGGAGCCAAUAGGUCAAACCCCGGAAAAAUGGCCGCUCCCGUCGUAAUUUUGAAUUUGUGACAGUAGUAGUGUUUCUCUCUGCCUUCUAGCUUUAUGGGUCGCGGAAAUACGGAAUUGGCCGCCUAAUGUUGUGAACCAAUGGGUGGUUAUCGUACUGGUCACUUAGUACGGAACGCUAGAAAAGACAAUCUUUCUGUGGUUUGCGUGAUCGCGUUGGACGAACUUAUGUGGGGCUUGUGUCGGCGGGGUCGCAGGCGCUAUGGGUUGUUGUCGAGAUUACGAAUGUUUCUUAUAUCAUUGGUUGGAUUAUAUAUAGCCAUUCCAUUCCUUGUAAAGAUCUGUCCUGCAAUCCAAACCCAGCUGGUCUUUUUAAAUUUAGUGAGGUUUCCUUACUUUAUUGAUCUGAAGAGGCCUCAGGAUCAAGGUUUAAAUCAUACUUGUAACUUUUACCUGCAGCCUGAAGAAGAUGUAACCAUUGGUGUCUGGCACACCAUUCCUGGUGUUUUAUGGAAAGAUGCUCAAGAAAAGGACCUGGCGUGGUAUGAGGAGAUUUUGUCUGCAAACUACCCAGUGAUUCUCUAUUUACAUGGAAAUGCAGGGACGCGUGGUGGUGAUCACAGAGUACAACUGUACAAGGUCCUUAGCUCGAUUGGGUUUCACAUUAUUUCAUUUGAUUAUAGAGGUUGGGGAGAUUCUGUGGGAUCUCCAUCAGAAAGUGGAAUGACCUAUGAUGCCCUCCAUGUCUUUGAUUGGAUAAAAGCCCGAAGUGGUGAUAAUCCAGUCUACAUAUGGGGGCAUUCCCUAGGCACGGGAGUUGCAACCAAUUUAGUAAGAAGGCUUUGUGAAAGAGAAACCCCACCUGAUGCCCUUAUCUUGGAAUCACCAUUUACCAAUAUCCGAGAAGAGGCAAAAAGUCAUCCAUUUUCUGUGAUAUACAGACAUUUUCCAGGCUUUGACUGGUUUUUCUUGGAUCCUAUCACUGCAAGUGGAAUAAAGUUUGCCAAUGAUGAGAAUGUGAAGUAUAUAUCGUGCCCUCUCCUCAUUCUACACGCAGAAGAUGAUCCUGUUAUUCCUUUCCAUCUCGGUAGAAAGUUGUACAACAUUGCUGCUCCAUCAAGAAGUUUACGUGAUUUCAAAGUGCAGUUUGUCCCCUUCCACAAAGAUCUCGGAUACAGACACAAGUACAUUUAUAGGAGUCCUGAGCUCCGCCAGAUACUAAGGGAUUUUCUGGGAAACACAGAGCAUCAGCAAUAAAGUCACCAAUACCAGGCAGACAUCUCCUGUAACCCUCAGCAUGACUACGGACCAAAAA